AUGUGGAUGAGACAAGACUGUCAAUUGAGGACCCUCUUCGCGGUUUUGGUCCUCGCCGCCGUGGUCGAAAUACACGGACAAGAGCCAAAGGACAACAAUGGCAUCAGUAAGAGGAGACUGGACCCAGACAGGGACUUGUCAACACAGGACACGGAGAGCGAAGUCCACUCCGUCACCACGGUCUCAUCAAUGAACAUCCCCAACCACCGGCCUGUCCUCAAGGGCAUGCUGCUUCAUGAGCACAUAUUAACAAAGGAUUUCCAGGGGGACCAACACUUUUUUAAAAGGGAUGGCUCUGUGGCUGCAUAUUCCACCAUGCCGGGCUCUGCGUCUGCCUCAGAUGCAGGGGACCCUGUCACUCAGCUGGUGCCCCACGAGGAUGCCCCAGCCUUUUCAGACAUUGCCACCACUGCCACUGUGGCUGCCACCUCCCCACUGACCACAUUUUCUCCCACAACACCAAAGCCGCCCAUGUAUGUCCCUCAAAAGAAGUCCUCUAAGACAAGGGGGGCGGACAAGGUAGAGCCAACAACAGACUCCCUCACCACUCAAGUGACAACAAAUAAUAGAGGCUCAGUCAGCGAAAACCCAGUGGCGUCCUUAUCAUCGCAGAGAAGUCGGCCUCAUUUUUGGAGUGCGCCUCCCAUAGAAGCGACCCUGGCGCCCUCCUCAAUGCAAAUGGAGGAAGGGGAAGCUGGGGAAACAGUGGUGAAAAAGAAAACCAACCCAGAUCAUCCACUCCCUAACCUAACUUCCAGAGUGGAAGGUGCCAACGCAACGUCCACAACCGUAAUCACCACCAUCACCACCAUGCAAACAGCAGAGCCAUGCAGCCUGAAUUUCACUGACCCUGAGGGUAACAUCGAAAUCCUGCAGCAGCUUGACUCUGGAGCGGAGUGUAACUACCUGGUUACGGUCUACCUGGGAUAUGGCAUCGAGGUUCAGGUGCUAAAUGUGAGUGCGUUGGAGGGAGAGCAGGUGACAGUUGAGGACACGGGUGGCCGAGAACCCUUCAUCCUGGCCAAUGAAUCAGUCUUGAUAAGGGGCCUCGUACUUCGCAGCUGGAGCAAUCAGAUCUCCAUCCGAUUUCGUGGUGACCAACAGCACAACUCUGGAUUUGUCCUGCUGCAUUACCAAGCCUUUGUCCUGAGCUGUGCAUUCCCCAAAGAGCCUGCUGGUGGAGAAGUUUCCGUGACGCAUCUCCACCCUGGCGGAGAAGCCUACUUUCACUGUUUCACAGGCUACAAGCUGCAAGGCCCCAAAAUGCUCACCUGUCGCAAUGCAACCACGCCUUACUGGAGUGGAAAGGAGCCCCUGUGUGUUGCAUCCUGUGGGGGAAUGAUAAAAAAUGCCACCAAUGGUCGUAUCGUCUCUCCUGGUUUCCCUGGCAACUACAGCAACAAUCUGACGUGCCACUGGGUCCUGGAGGCCCCUGAAGGCCACCGGCUCCACAUUCACUUUGAGAAGGUGGCUCUGGCAGAGGAUGAUGACAGGCUGCUGAUUAAGAAUGGCAACAACAUAGACUCUCCCCCUGUGUACGACUCCUAUGAGGUCGAGUAUUUGCCCAAUGAGGGUGUGCUCAGUACUGGACGUUACUUGUUUAUAGAGUUCACCACAGAUGGGACACUGACCUCCACCGGUGCAGCAAUCAGAUACGAAGCUUUUGCUAAAGGCGUGUGCUAUGAGCCCUUUGUCAAGUACGGCAACUUCAGCGGCAGUGACUCCACCUACAGUUUGGGUGCAGUAGUUGAGUUCUCGUGUGACCCUGGCUACACGCUGGAGCAAGGCUCUGUAGUGAUCGAGUGCGUGGACGCACAAAACCCACAGUGGAAUGAGACCGAGCCAGCCUGCAGGGCUGUGUGCAGCGGGGAGAUCACAGACUCUGCCGGUGUGGUGCUCUCUCCUAAUUGGCCUGAGGCGUAUGACAAGGGGCAGGACUGCAUCUGGGGUAUUCAUGUGGAAGAGGACAAGAGGAUCAUGCUCGACAUUCAAGUUCUCCACCUUGGUAAGAAUGAUCUGCUGACCUUCUAUGAUGGUGAUGACCUGACGGCUAACAUCCUGGGCCAAUACAGUGGCACACGGCCACACUUCAAGCUCUACACCUCCAUGGCUGAUGUCACUAUUCAAUUUCAGUCCGAUCCUGCCACCAACAUUUAUGGAUACAACAACGGCUUUGUUGUCCACUUCUUUGAGGUGCCAAGGAACGACACCUGCUCUGAGCUGCCGGAGAUCACGAACGGCUGGAAGAGCACGUCCCACCCUGACCUAAUCCACGGCACCGUCAUCACCUACCAGUGCUACCCUGGAUAUGAGCUGGUGGGCUCUGAGAUCCUCAUGUGCCAAUGGGAUCUCACUUGGAGCGGCGAUGUGCCGAGAUGUCAGGAAGUUAUGACAUGCCAGGACCCGGGAAAUGUGGAGCACAGUCACAAGGUGAUCGCUGGCAACCGUUUCACUGUUGGAUCGACAGUGCAGUUUAUCUGUAAUAAAGGCUACAUCCUGUCUGGCAACAGCCUCCUCACCUGCUACAACCGAGAUUCAGCCACACCCAAAUGGAACGAGAGGCUGCCCAAGUGCGCCCCUGAAAAGUACGAGCCAUGCAGGAACCCUGGCGCCGCCUCCACCAGUGUGCAGAGCUCUGAGAAGGCAUUCUACCAAGCCGGAGAGAUGCUUAGCUUCUCCUGCCACUCAGGCUACGAUCUGCAGGGUGAUGCCACCAUCUACUGCAUCCCCGGACACCCGUCACAGUGGAAUAGCACUCCACCUGCCUGCAAAGCAUCCUCAACCCAAUAUGUGAAUGAACGCAGGCUAGAUGUUGUAAAUAUGGAUUAUAGCUUGGAGGGAACCAAUAUUGCCCUUGCAGUUUUUAUUCCGACUGCAAUCAUCUUGGUGGUUGUUCUCGGGAUUUAUGUCUACUUUGCAAAACUCCAAGGGAAGACCAUCAGAAUGCCAACAUCCUCGCCACCGUACGACAACAUGACAGAAGAGUCAGCUUUUGACGACCCUAUAUACGAGAGCGGAGUAAGUACAGAUGUCAUGAGCAUUCAAGACGUGGAUUCCCAGAACACCAGUGUUCUGUCCUGAUCCUCUCCCAUCUGGCUGUCAUCCUGUCGUCAUCCCAUGGUUCACCAGCAA